AUGGGGAAAGGAAUACUAAAGUAUGGUGGUAAAUCAGGGAUACUUCCCAAGACCAAACAAAUAUUCCAUAGACCAAUACGUCCAAUGAAUGAAGUUGAAUUACAAAAAGAAAAAAAUAAAGAAAGUGGGUAUGCAGAAGGUGUACCAACUCCAAUAAUAAAUGGAAAACCAUUACCACGUAAACAACCACCAAGAAAAUAUAUAACUGUUGAAGAUAGAAUAAAACAUAUUAAAUAUCCACCAAUGUCAUUAAAAGAAAUGAAUGAUUUACCAGAAGAAGAAAGAGAUGCAUAUAAAAGAGCAUAUUAUAGAGCAGAAUUUUUAAAAGAAGCAUAUCUAGAAGAAGAAAAAAGAUUAGCCAAAAUAGAUCAAUUAAAAACCAAGAUACAUGAAAAAGAAUUAGAAAAUCAAAGAAAAUUUGAAGAACAAAGAAAAAUAGAAUCAAUAAUAUCAUCAUUACCAACAAUGCAAAAAUUAUUAAAAGAAGGAUUAAUUAAAAAAAGAACACCAGAUGAAAACAAAUUAUUAAAAGAACAAAGAAAAUUAAAUAGACAUUCAAAAGAAUUGGCUGAAAAAGAAGAAAAAGCUUCAAAAAUUUUAGAAUUAUAUCAUUCAUCAUCAAAAUUUAUAACAAAUGAAGAACAAUUAGAAGAAGCUAUAUAUAGAGCUUUUGAAAUUAAUGUUUCAAAAUUUGAAAAUAAUCAAACAAGUAUUGAUAAUAAAUUGUUUUCAAAUAGUUCAAGUUUUAUUGUGGGGGAAAUUAAUGAAAUGAAAAUUAAGGAUGCUAUAUUAGGUGAAAUUAAUGGGAAACCUGGUUUAGAACAAGUAAAAGAUACUUUAAGUGGGAAUAGGGAGAGGUUAAGAAGGGAAGCUCAAUUGAAUAUGAGAGGUGAAGUAUAG